CCGCCCCGGCCCGUCCCGGCUGUUUACAGGUCCGACAGGUCCCGUCGGUCUGCGCCACACAAUGUGGCCUCUUUGGGGACUGGACCUGCACCGGGCACGCUGUGACCUGCUCUUCACAGAGGCCAUCAACCAGAGGAUGCAGGUUCCCAGCAGGCUGAAGGUGGCAGAGAGCUGCAGCCCUGGGGACAGGGGCACAGUGGCAGAGGAUGUCCCUGCAUCCUUUAGGAUGCACAUCCCUGAGAGGAUUUCUCUGGCAGAGAUACCAGACACCGGUUUGAGGCCAGUGCUGCUGCCCCAGCCAAGGAAGGUGCCCUCUGUGGUGGUGCACGUGUGCCCAGAGCCCUCUGGGGAUGUCCCUUUCCUGCCCCCAGUCAGCAGAGCCAGCGCCCAGCGACGCAAGCGAGCGGGCCACCACAGCAGCAGGGCACGGAGGGACAGGACCCCGAGUGACAGUGCCCAGCUGGCCUUGCACAGCCCAGGACAGCACCACGAGGGGCCAGGCUCCUGUCCCCUGCCUGCUCCCAGUGCCCCACUGCCCCUCUUCACAGGGGCAGGCAGGAUCUACUCCAUGCAGAACAUCUUCCAGACCAUGUGCCUGCUGGGCCAGGUGCUGCUCCAGCGUGUCCAGGACUCUCUGCGGGACCCCGUGCCGUGCAGCUCCCAGGAGCCCGUCCCAGCUGCAGAGAGCAUCUCGGAGGAGGCGGGGGUGACAGAGGUGGCAGCAAUGAGAAGGCAGCUGGCCAGGAUCUCGGGGAGGCUGCGGGUGCUGGAGGAGCAGUGCCACGCCUGGAGACAGAAGGAGGCCCUGGUGUACUCUGUGAUGAUCUCUGCUUGCCUCAUCAACACCUGGCUCUGGCUCAGAAGAUGA